AUGAAGUUCCUAAGCUCCCUCCUAGGCCUCGCUGGCCUCUGCGCCGCUCUCCCCCACAACACAAGGCAGAGCUGGCCUAACGGCCCUCUCGUCACCAACGGCGGCUGGGCGCAGGAUGCCUCUGGCAACAACGUCGUCUUUGCCGGAACCAACUGGCCCGGCCAUGGCGAGGUCAUGGUACCCGAAGGUCUGCAGUACCUUUCUGUUGAAGGUGUCGUGUCCAGAAUCAAGAGCCUGGGCAUGAACGCCAUCCGUUUGACUUUUGCCAUUGAGCUGGUCGACCAGAUCUACGCCAACGAUGGCAAGGACAUUGACCUCAAGACGGCAUUCGUCAAUGGACUCGGCGAGACCAACGGUACCGCAGUGCUUGCGCAGGUGUUGGCCAAGAACCCUUCCUUCACCGAGGAGACGACUCGUCUUCAGGAGCAGGUCUAUGAUGCCAUUGCCGAAGAGUGCGCCAAGCAGGAGAUCUACAUCCUUCUCGACAACCACAUGUCCAAGGGCAAGUGGUGCUGCUCCGGAAACGACGGUAACACUUGGUGGGGCGAUCGUGAAUUCGAUGCCGCCAACUGGGUGCGUGGACUGGCCUACAUGGCCGAGCACGGCAAGAAAUGGACCGCCCUCGUCGCCAUGUCCCUCCGUAACGAGCUCCGCCAGGCUACCGACAACCCCGAGCUCGUCGCCGCCUCGUACCACUGGCAAGACUGGUACAAGUACAUCCAGCAGGGCACCAACGCCGUCAACGCCGCGAACCCGGACGUGCUCAUCUACCUGUCGGGACUGAACUACGACACCACGGUCGCGCCCGUCUUCCGCGGCACCGCCCUGACUCCCGGCAAUGAGACGUUCAACCUAGCCGACUUUGAGGGAUACACCAACAAGCUCGUCCUCGAGAUCCACAACUACGAGGGCAGCAUCGGCAGCUGCAGCUCUUUGAAGUACAACUUGUACAACAGGGGUUUCCAGGCCGCGAACGCGAGCGACCCGGCUACGGUCAACGUCUUCCCCGUCGCGCUGACUGAGUUUGGCUUCAACAUGAACGAUGCCACCUGGAAGAACACAUACGCGUCGUGCUUGGCUGAAUACCUCCCCGAGUACAAGGCCAGUUGGUUCAUCUGGGUUGUGGUUGGAAGCUACUACACCCGCCAGGGAACUCAGAACUUUGACGAGGCCUGGGGUCUGUUCAACGUUGACUGGUCGGACUGGAGAAACAACGAGUACAUUGAGCAACAGCUCAAGCCCAUGGUUGCUGGCACGCUUGCUUAA